GAUAGUACUGGAAUGAAGUUGUGGAAGAAACGGUGGUUUGUGCUCUCAGAUCUGUGUCUCUUCUAUUACAGAGAUGAGAAAGAAGAAGGGAUACUAGGUAGCAUACUUCUACCUAGUUUUCAGAUAUCUGUGCUUUCUCCUGAGGACCAUAUUAACCGCAAAUAUGCCUUUAAGGCAGCUCAUCCAAACAUGAGGACCUAUUAUUUCUGCACAGAUACAGGCAAGGAAAUGGAGUUGUGGAUGAAAGCUAUGACAGAUGCAGCACUUGUGCAGACAGAGCCCGUGAAAAGAGCAGAGAAGUUAACCACUGAAAAUACACCACCUCGAGAGACAAAUAAUAUUUCAAACCAUCGGGUGCUAAUUAAGCCAGAGGCACAAAAUAACCAGAAAAACAAAGAAGUGAACAAAAAUGAGGAGAAGAAAGCUUUGGAAGCUGAAAAAUAUGGAUUCCAGAAAGUUGGGCAAGAUAAACCAUUAACAAAAAUAAACAGCGUAAAGCUAAAUCCUUUGGGAUCUGAAUACAGGACUUUACCCAUAACCACGAUUCAGGCUGGACACUUCAGACCAGUUCAUUUAAAUGGGUCUGAAAAUAAAGCUGUUGGUGUUGUCCUGGCAGAUGCUGGAGCUGGAGGUCAGCACAAUGCGGUUCAGUCACAUAUGGAGUCUGAAAGAGUUAUGCAGAGAACUAAUUCAAUGCUGCAGUUGGAACAGUGGAUUAAAAUACAAAGAGGAAAAGGACAAGAAGAGGAAACAAGAGGCAUAAUCUCAUAUCAGACAUUACCAAGAAACAUGCCAAGCCAUCGACCUCAAGUUUUACCCCGGUACCCAGAAGGCUACAGAACACUGCCAAGAAACAGCAAAGCACGGCCAGAGAGCCUCUGCAGCGUAACACCAUCGGCUUAUGACAGAGCCAUAGGAUCAGUAACGGCCGAAGAAAAACGGAGGUCGAUGCGGGAUGACACAAUGUGGCAGCUCUAUGAGUGGCAACAACGUCAGUUUUACAAUAAGCAAACAACUCUUACUAGACAUAGUACUUUAAGCAGCCCAAAAACUAUGAUGAAUAUUUCUGAUCAGACGAUGCAUUCAAUUCCCACCUCACCUUCUCAUGGUUCAAUUGGUGGCUUCCAAGGAUAUUCCCCACAGCGGACAUACCGAUCAGAAGUGUCUUCACCAGUGCAAAGGGGAGAUGUAACUAUUGAUCGCAGACACAGGACACAUCAUACUAAGCAUGUCUUUGUGCCCGACAGAAGGUCAAUGCCAGCAGGUCUGAGUUUACAGCCUGUUACUCCUCAGAGCCUCCAAGGCAAAACAAUGAAAGAGAAUGAACCUUUAAUCACCAUGGUUCACACUAUGAUUGAGAACUCGGCGCUAAGACCGCAACUGUACCAGCAAUUAACACAAGAAGAAUGUAGGGGUACACUAUACAAAUAUAGAACUGAAGAGCUGGAUAUUGAUGCUAAGCUUAGCCGUUUAUGCGAACAAGAUAAAGUUGUACAAGCACUGGAAGAGAAGCUUCAACAGCUACACAAGGAGAAAUACACGCUUGAGCAAGCUUUGCUAUCAGCAAGUCAGGAGAUAGAAAUGAAUGCAGAUAAUCCUGCAGCCAUACAAAAUGUAGUCUUACAGAGAGACGACUUGCAGAAUGGACUACUUAGCACUUGUCGAGAAGUAUCACGAGCUACUGCAGAACUGGAAAGAGCUUGGAGAGAAUAUGAUAAAUUGGAGUAUGAUGUAACUGUAACAAGGAACCAUAUGCAGGAGCAACUCGAUCGGCUUGGAGAAAUUCAGACUGAGUCAGCAGGGAUACAGCGUGCUCAGAUUCAAAAGGAACUGUGGAGAAUUCAAGAUGUCAUGGAGGGUUUAAGUAAACAUAAACAGCAAAGAAGCUCUUCAGAGGCAGCCAUCAUGGGAUCAAGGACAUUUUCAGCUAUUAAAUAUAAAAAUGAGGAAGAGGAAGUAGUCCCACCUCGUCCUCCACUCCCUCGGUCCUAUGACUUUACAGAGCAUCCUCCCAUAAUCCCCCCUCUGCCCAGUGAUAGCAGCUCCUUGCUCUGUUAUAGCAGGGGCCCAGUACAUCUUCCAGAAGAAAAGAAGAUUCACCAAGUUCAAGGAUAUCAGAGAAAUGGAUCUUACUGUGGUCCUGAUUAUAGGCUUUAUAAGAGUGAACCAGAGUUAACUACAGUAGCAGAAGUGGAUGAGUCUAAUGGUGAAGAAAAAACAGAACAAAUUUCAGAAUCAGAAUCUGCAGCUAAAGGCUCACAUUUUCCUGUGGGAGUUGUACCACCCAGAACCAAAUCACCAACACCAGAGUCUUCAACAAUAGCAUCCUAUGUCACUUUGAGGAAGAAUAAGAAGAUAGAUCUAAGAAUGGAAAGACCAAGAAGUGCAGUGGAGCAGCUGUGUCUUGCAGAAAGCACACGGCCUCGAAUGACUGUGGAGGAACAGAUGGAAAGAAUAAAGAGACACCAACAAGCUUGCCUGAGAGAGAAGAGAAAAGGACUCAAUAUUAUUGGCGUUUCAGACCAGUCUCCUUCACAGACUCUGUCAUUUGUCAGAGAUAAUCCGUUCAAAUUGGCACAGAAUCGAAAAAAGGAUGAUACUGCAUCUAAUAACAUGAAGGAAUUAGAGAGCACCAGUAGAGAAAAUAAUUUGAAACUAAGUAAUGAAAGUCCCGGAGAAGAAGUAACGCAACUAAAACAUGAUGGAGAACAAGAACAUAAUUCAGGUUUUAAUAAAGAGCUGACAAAAACUGAUGAUCUUUUAUCAGAUGCACAUGUUGCAUCUGACUCAAAAGAAAUGAAUAAUGAAGAGAAAGCAGAAAAGGAAAAGAAAAAUAAAUUGGAAGAAACACGUGAUGGUGAUAUAAGCUUGCAGAGUGUGACCACAGUUACAAACCACAAACCCAAAACCAGCUCAGAAGAAAGUGAAGUAGUUAGUGUUCAAGAACAAGGAGAGAUUAUUUCUUCAUUUGAAUUAGCAGCACAGUCUUCAAAAGGAAAUCAGGCAACAGCAGUGACAAGUUUGCCUUCUUCACCAGAAUCGUCAUUGUCACCAGCUCCAUCUACACAGACACAGCUCACAGAAGGAUCCCAUUUCAUCACUAAUGGCUUCUGUUGAAACAAUUCAUGCCCGAGAUGUAUGGACCUGACCUAUGAAAAUAUGAGAAGAUAUUGUACAGUAUAUUUUAAAUCUAUGAAAUUCAUAGUUCUGAUGCUUUUGGCCACAGAGCAUCAUUUUAUCACUUCCUGGAAAUGUUUAUUCCAAGAGAGCUUUAAAUGGCCCACAUGUACACUCAACAACUUUCAGAUUGUUCUCCCGAUACCAGCUUGCUGCUAUGAUUUCUGUGCACAUAAAAUAAAGGCUCUUUUUAAUGUGCAGCCUA